AUGCCUCAUUCACCAGCCCCAUCGAGCCGCCCUGCUGCUACUACUGCUGCUGCUGCUGCUCGUGCUACUGCUGCUGCUGGUGGAGGUGCUGCUGGGAGUGCUGGAGGUGCUGCUGGUGCUGGAGGUGCUGCUGGGAGUGCUGGAGGUGCUGCUGGUGCUGGAGGUGCUGGAGGUGCUGCUGGAGGUGCUGCUGGUGCUGGAGACGCUGCCAAGUGGACAUGGCCAGUGGUCAACGAGCCCGGGACUGAAGCGUCAGUGUACAAGGUUCUCUCUGCCUGGUGCGGCAACGCGUACGAGGAGAUGGUGAAGGAUGCGGAGCGCAAGGCGAGGGACCACGAGCGGCUGAAGCUGGAGCGCGACCAGCGGUUCCAGGAGUGGAUGCAGUGCCGCCAGGAGAAGUUCAUCAAAGAGAAGGAGCUAGAGGCGGAGUGUGAGAAGGUGCGCAAGCUGCAGGCGUCAGAGUUUGACCGAGAGAGGCUGGUGAUGCGCGCCGAGUGCGACAUGGAGCUCACUCUGCUGCGCGCCGAGCUGGACGCCUGUGAGAUCAAGCUAAGCAACAAGGAGCGGGCAGUAUGCGAGAGGGAGGUGGUGGUGGAGAGAGCUCUUUGCGACCAUGCUAAACGAGGUCUCGAGGCCAACACCACGGCGUGCAAGCACCGCACGCAGGUCACCGACCUCACGCGCCUGGCGGAGCUAGAAGACACGGCGGAGCGGGCGGCGAAGGACCACGAGGAGUGGGCGGCGGAGAGGGAGCUGCUGCGCAAGGAGCUCAAGGCCUGCCGCCCGGCGCGGGCGCAUGCGGAGGCGCGGCUGAGGGAGGUGCUGGCGGACGGGACGAUUGACUCGUUAGAGCACACUGUGGUGUGGCUGCAGGUGCUGCUGGGAGUGCAGGCGCUGGUGCUGCUUGUGAUGCUCUCCUUCCUCUUCUUCCUGCUGCUGCACGAGGAGAAUCCCACGGGAGGGGGCGCGUAUGGGUGGGUGGCAGUGCAGGCAGCAUCCAAGAUGCGGCUGGUGCCGGCAGAGGUGGCGAAGGAAACACUCAUGAAGGCGUUUGAGGGCCGCAGGAGGACUCGUCUGCCCAUCGUGCUCACCACUGCUGCCAACUACGAGCCCGACUCUGGCAGCCCCACAUUGGUCUUCCUGCUGGCGCCUGUCAACGUGGCAAGCUCCCGGCGCUUCUCCCUGUUCAACCAUUCAGGCGACUAUGUGACGCACGCAGAGAGGGCACAGGAGAUAGUGGCCAAGGCCCUACCCAAGUCGCGACUGGUGGUGGUGCUCUAUGAGGGGUGCGGGGGGCUCUUCACAGAAGCCACGCUGGACUCGCUGCGACUCAAACCAGACAAGGUGGCAUACGAGGUGAUCCCCAAGGACAUGGAUUUCCCCAAGAGCCACAACCUGGUGGUGCCGUGGGUGGAUAAGACGGAGGGGGUGAAGACGACAGACAGCGAGAGGGAGAGCGACCUGUCGUCGGUGAUUCGCGCGCAGCCGUGGGCCCAGUACCUGCUGGGGCGGAGCGGGCGGAUAGGGCAGCUCGCAUACAUCCUUCCCCCUUCCCGUGAGGACCAACCCACCCCAGAUACCACCUCCACCUCUCCCUCCUCCCCUCCCUACCUCCUCCUCGUCGCCCCAGGCGGUUUCAUCCCCGCGCUCUCCUACCUCCCUCUCAUCCGCGCUAUAAGAUCCACCACUCCCCCGUCUGUGCGCAAGCGCCUGUGGGUGGCUGUACUGAACGAGGUCACACUUCUGGACCAGGAGAAAGGGAGGAUGUGGGCUCGGGACGGGUAUGAGGCGGCGGUGAAAGCGGUCAAGGAGAUGGGCGCGGAUGUGACUAAUGCAAACAACACAUCGCGGGUGUUUGUACUGGGACACAGAGCCUUCCUCAUGACAGCAGUGGUGCCUCGCUCUCAUCAGCAUCGGCUCCUCACACAACAGCCUAGAGACCUCCUUCCUGCAAUUCCCUCCCUCCUUCCCCCUCCCCACACCCACGACCCCUACCAGCAUCGGAGCCUUCCUCAUGACAGCAGUGGUAAUUCUUCAGGUGGUUCUUCUGUUGCUGCUGCUGCACCUGGCAGUGCGACAGCAGCAGCGCUGGGGCCACUGCUGUCCAUUGUCCAGAAGCCGGUUGUGAUUAUAAAGGGGAUGAAUCACGCACAGGGGGGGAACGGGGCGGUGAACAAACAGAGGGGGGACCUGGAGGCGUCUCGACCAAUAGAGGAGGUGCGGGAGGAGAUUGGACGGCUGGUUUCAGCUUUUAUGCUUCUUCACCUGCACUCGGACAGUGGCUGGGCGCCGUUGCUUCUGGCGGGACAGGAGGGGUUGCGUAAAAGAAUGGCAGGGGCGGAAGGGGCAAGGGGAGGAGUGGGAGGGGACGGAGGGGAGGAGGAGUGUGUGGAUGAGGCACAGGAGAGUGCGGUGAAGGUGCUGCAGGGGGCAGUGGAAUGGUCCUUGGAGUACCUGCGACCAGUGUGGAAGGCCCUGGAGAUGGAACGGGAGGAGCCUCAGCACGUGCUGGACAUCAUUCUCUCCCACGCAGGCCUCUCCACAUCGCUCCCCUCACACACCAUCUUCCAUGCCUUCCUGCCCGACUUCCUGCGCUCCAAGCCCGCCCUCCUCACGUCCAGGGGGGUCUCCUCCCAAGCAGACUCCUCUGCUCCCACUGUGCUGCAGUCCGCAUGGCUACAGUCGCAGGGUAAUUUCUGGCCGUGCCAGCCACACACCCUGUGGGUCAAGUGCAAGAGCGCUGCUGCUAUUAAGGAGGCUCUUGGCUUGCAGCUUGCGGGAGCAGGGGAAGACACAGGAAUGAUGGCGGUGGCUCCAGGAGCAACAGCUGGAGCAGCAGGAGAGGGAACGCCCUCUCUUGGAGCUGCGUUGUCGGCAUGA